ACCAAGAAUAUCAAAUAAAAUAACCAGAGUCCAAUCCCAAAAGAUGGCAACGAUGUUUCUAAACACGUUCUUACUCUUCCAUAUCCUCUUUUAUGCUUUUUGUUCUGCCAAUGACGCAUCGAGUAAUGUUGCAAUAGAGAGGAAUGAUUCUGUGAAAGCGUCAUCAAAUGACUCGGCCUUAAGCAAGCCUUCCGUAUUGGAAUUGUUGACCGGUGAGAAGGUUGUAGAUAUAGAGCAACUAUAUAAGAAAAGAGAUCGGCAUAGCGAUAAUGACAAUGAACUGUUAGAACUUCUACAGCAAGGAGAUUGCGUAGAAUUUUUAAGUGCAGUUUUUCCGAAAGGUACAUCAGAUCCAAAUGAUGUUUUGAAUCAAUUGAAAAGAGCAAAGCGACUAAAAGGGAGAUUCUUGAAAUCGCAGGAAAAACAAAGUGAAGCACAGUUGCUAAAGAAAAGCCUAUCUGUACUAUCUAAAUAUCUCAAGGCUCAUUCACAACAGAGUCCACACUCUUUGAAUAAGCAACAGGAAAAUAAUUUCAAAACUGUCCGAGAUGGUAUACAUCAACUAUAUAAUACCAUCGAAGCUAGUUCUCAACAGAGUGAGCCAAAUCCAAACGGGGAGCUUCAGGAAAAUUUAUUGACGUCCUUACAAGGACAAUUAACACAAGAUGCAUUUAAAAACUUCACAGCUGAACCAAAUUUAACAUCAAUUAUAAAACAAAGUCUAUCUCAACUAUAUGGAUCAGGCGGAGCUAAUUCUAGCAAUGAUUUGAGUCUCUGGAACAUCGAGCAGAAACCGGACUUGAAAAGUGUCCUAGAAUUGGUAUCUAAAUUAUAUGAAAAUCACAAAGAGAAUUCUAGACAGAACGAUAGGCUGCCAGACCAAGAAAGACGUUUUCUAGCUCUAGCGCUAACUCGCUUAAAAUUAUAUCUCAAUUCGUAUACUCGAAAGUAUUAUUAUUUGUUGACCAGACGGGAGAGAGCCAACUUAAGCAAACUUCGAAAAGAAGUAGCUUCGGUAAAUGUACGUUUCAAGCGACUACCUGAACAUCCACACGAAUUGAAUGCAGCCCCGGUUAUAUUACCUUUUGCUAUUGUAAGUCCCGUGUUAUUACCCAUAUAUUUGGGGCAACAAGUAACAGAAGAGCCGAAAGUUGUAACAACUGAAGCCGCAUUAACAACAGAAACAACAGAGGAAUCAUUAUCAUUGCCAGAAGUGCCAGAUUUCUCAACAGAAGCACCCAGCCUGCCAGAAUCAACAACAGAAGAUGCAGCACUGACAACGGUAACAAAUUUAUUCGAUGUGCUAACUGAAGAACCACCAAAAGUUACUGAAACCCCAAUAGAAAUUAUGGAAGUCUCAACUGAAAAACCAAAAGAAAUGAUUGAAGUCUUAACUGAAAAGCCAAUAGAAAUUAUUGAAGUCACAACUGAAAAGCCAAUAGAAAUUAUUGAAGUCUCAACUGAAAAACCACCAGAGCUUUUAUUAUUCCCAACGGAGGGAGCAUCAGAACCAACAAUUGUAAUAGAUGCAAAUGGUAAUAAUCAGGCGACAGGAGGAGGAGGUGGAGGUGGAGGUGGAGGUCAAUUUGGUGGUAACAUUAUCCAAUCAGGUGGUUUCGAAUUUCCAGUUUAUCAGGAGCGUCCCUUACCAUUGUCUGUUCUACAACAGUUAACAUUAUUGGGAUAUGGCCAACUAUACGAAAAAUAUUUUUAUACAAAGCCCCUCUUAUUGAGUUCUUCCAGUCAUCAUUCAAUCAGGUAUCCUGCAUUCCUUAAUGAGGAGUGAGUCUUGAGAGUCUAAGCUCUAUACGACUAUCGACAAUUACUAACAUUGUUUCAAUAAAUCUGAAUACAAAAUAAAAA